AUGUCGGUACAAGCGAAAAGGCAACACUGUUACCUGUGCGAUCUGCCCCGGAUGCCGUGGGCCAUGAUACACGACUUUUCCGAAGCUGUGUGUCGCGGUUGCGUCAACUAUGAGGGCGCGGACCGGAUCGAGCUGGUGCUGGACACGGCCCGCCAGAUGAAGCGCAUCCAUUCGGCAGCUAGUGGUGGCGGUGCGGGCGGUGGCGGUGGUAGUAGCAGCGGCAAACGUGGUCACGAAAAUGGUGAACUGUCACAUCGGUCCGUACCGACGGCCGCCGGGCCGCAUCACUAUUCCGUCCGGACGGGUCCGACACUGGUGGACUUUACGCCGAAGCACGAACCACACGACAUUGCCAGUGUGCGGGCUGGCGCCCGGAUGCAGCAGCAUAUUCCGCCGCACCAUAUGGCACCGCACGGUGCCGGCCGGCAGCAGGUUCCGCCGGCUCUGUCGGUGAAUCUGAAGCGACCGCCGCCGGACGAUGACGAUCACCAGAUGGAGGGUCCGACUGGGAGUGCGAAGCGCGGUGCGGAUGAUCCGACCGUGGCCAUACAGCGGCCACCGUUGACGCGGGGCGAAUCGCUACCGGCUGUACCGUUCGUGCCGGACCGUCAACCAAGCUACAAGGACAAGCAUCCGGUGCGAACAGCAUCGUUCGAUACGGCCGCCUUCAAGGCACUUGACCAGAAGCAACAAAACGUGGGGAUUUUUGUGAACGCCCCAGUAAUGCCCCGAGUCUACCCGAACGUGAUACCGAUAGCGCCCGCAUCGAUGGGGGUCGGUGGGGGUGGUGGCGGUGGUGGUGGUGGCGGCGGCGGCGGGGGCGGCGAUAGCACACCACCGACACCGUCCGUCGCACCGUUGCAAAGCCCGAUGGCGAACCUAAUGUCGAUCACCGAGACCCUUCCGCCCGGCAGUCCCCGCAAUGGGCCAAGCCCACCGGGCCCACCGCCACCGCGGACAGCGUCCCGCGGCUCACAGCAUUCGCCGAACAGUUCCGGUUCAUCGAGUGGCCGAAGAUCUUCCGGUUCUAGGCAUGUGUCCAGUACGACGGUAACCUCGUCCGAAGCACAGCAACCAAACUCCUCGCUUCCGGGUAGUGGCGGUUCGACGACACCAAACGGUGGUAGCGCCGGUGGACCAAAUGGUGGCAACGGAAACACACCGCCCGUUGCCAUGGGUCCGCUUGGGCCGGGUCAACAAAUGUCCCAGCAAGUACCUCCGCCACCGCCACAGUCACAGUCCCAAUCCCAAGGCGGACCACCGGACGGUGUCCCUCCAGGGUUGGGCGGUAAUGCCGGUUCCGGUGCGAAUCCUGCCGGUGGCCCCAAUGCAAGUCCCGCCCCUCCCGGCACUGGCGGUCCACCAGGCAGCGGACCCGGUAGUGGUGCACCCGGUGGUGGUGCCGGCGGACCGGGCAGCGGAGGUCCGGGAGGUCUUCCCCCACCGCCUGGUUCGGCACCGAGCAAUGCACCACCCGGUACAGCACCGGCACCUGCACCAAACCCGACGCUCAAAUGCACACUGUGUCAGGAAAGGCUCGAAGACACGCAUUUCGUACAGUGCCCGUCGGUUGGUCACCAUAAGUUCUGCUUCCCCUGCAGUCGGGAGAGCAUCAAGCGACAGGGCUCUGGUGCGGAAGUGUAUUGUCCGAGUGGGGAAAAGUGUCCGCUGGCCAACUCGACGAUACCGUGGGCAUUCAUGCAGGGCGAGAUCGCGACAAUUCUGGGCGAAGAGCUGAAGGUAAAGAAGGAGCGCGAAACGUAG